GCACUCGGCCCGAACACAGUCAGCGGGCAUCGCGCGCGCCGUUCUCAUCCGGACGAGAUAAAAUAUAAUUUUAUAAUAUAUACUUGUAAGAUAUUUAACGCUGUACCUACACCUACUCUGCGAGUGCCGUCAAAAGUGUGUUGUGUGUAUCUGGUGUUUUGUUUUUGCCGCGGCGGAGACGAUGACGACGACAUCACAGAAUAUUGCCGCAACAGUGUCGUAUUCGGGCAACGCGCCGUCGGUUCUCCACAAUAGUAUUAAUAAUGUUGCUAUAAUAACAAAACUCGGCUCGUCAUUACACCUCGGUGGUGUAUACUGAAACGUCAUUCACGCGAGAGUGCAGUUGCUGUCGUAGCGGGCCCGGUCGCAGAAAAAGAAAAUUAUAAUUUACAACAGGAUCUGACUGCAGUCUAUUUAUUUUUGGUGUAUAUUACAUAGGUAAUAUAGUUGUUAAUCGGUACAGCGGUCGUGGUAUUAUCCGGAGAUCACGGGCGAGAUGACCAAUCCGUAUGCUCGCCCAACGGUACAGCCACACAUCGAAGAUCUGCCGACCGAUUGCGGAUUGCAGUGGCUGGGAUAUUCAUUAUGUCGGUCUUGGAUUAGAUGUGCUACAGCUGGAAAGUAUUUGACUACCAUAACACUAUUUGUUUUCUUCCAAACGGCGUCACAAAGAUACUUUUUUUCAACUUUAGAAUCGAGAAGCUAUAAUAUACCUAAAGAUAUAUCAAAUUGGCUAUGGAUACUCAGUGGAUUUGUUCAUUUAACGUUGUCCACAUUCGUUGGAUACCGAGGGGGUAAACGCAACAAGAAUUCAUGGAUUGCGUUUUUUGGGAUCCUGCAAGGGAUUUUUGCCGUUUUACUAGCAUUAAUAAAUGCGUCCGAUCACUACAACUUUCAACGACCAUCAGCUUUAGUUUUGGCCACUUUGGAAACGCCACUAUGCGACUCAAUUCACGGUGCCCACGUAAAGGAACCGUACGUCCCAUUUCACUUGGUGAAAACUGCAGUGUUGUUCUUGCUCCAAGUCAGCAUGUCUUUGGGAAGUACAGCCCUAUUGGCUUUGGGCCUAGGUCUGCUCGAUGAAUCGGUAACUCCGACCAAAAUACCGGCUUGUAUAGGUGUGGUCGUCGGUUCAUCAUUGCUGGGACUCCAAACGGGGUUGAUGGUGGGGAAAUUUGCAUUCCAUGUAAGCGCAGACUUUAAUUUGGCCGGUGACAUCGUGUGGCUCAUUAUUGGUUUGAUUUUGAUGGUUGUAUCUUUCAUUGUGGCUCUAUAUCCAAACAGGCUGGUCACGAGCCGAGCUUCAACAUUAAUACGCAACAGCCCAAUUUAUCGAAAUAACAGAUAUGAUUUCAGGAGUACGCUUGGAAGGAUUUUCAGUAAUAAGCUGAUUUUAUCUAAUAUUGCUGCCAUCGCUUGCGUGUACACAGUAUUGAUCAAUAUGUUGUACGAGGAACCUAAUUACAUGGAAUCGGUGUUUUUCGUACCCAAACACACAACAGACGCAACUGAUCAAAAUACCAUAAUCAUUGAUUUUUUAAGAUAUCCUUUGGCAGCAGUUUGCGUGUUUUUAUCUGGCGUAUUAAUAUGCAUUACACAGCCAAGAGCUACGUUGUUAGCCGCCUGGAACAUUGGCAUAAUUUGCGUUGUGACUAUAUUAGUCUUCACUAGCAUGUUCUUACGGUGUUCCAAGAUACAAGUACACAAUCAAAUAACGCAUAAGUCUGAUUUGAACGAAUUUUGCAAUAAGGAUUGCAAUUGUCCGGACAAUAUUCCAUUUGAACCGGUUUGUUCGUCAAACAGCCAUAUAGUCUAUUACUCACCCUGUCAUGCCGGUUGCAGGACUCAGGAUCUGUAUUCCAGACAGGAAUACGUCGGGUGUGCUUGCGUCCAAACCGAAUCCGCCAGUAAGCGUGCUUGUUAUGAUCAUAACUGCCACCAAAUGAACGUCGGGUAUCAAUCAAUUUCGGUGUUGAUUCUGUCACUGUUGGGCACGUGUAUAGUUGGCACAAUAAUUUUAUUGCUCAGAAGUGUAGAACCUGAUGAUCGCACCACAGCUUUGGGGUUCGCAGUGACUUUCAUUUGUUUGAUGGGGCAUGUGCCCGGAAAAAUACUUUACCUAUUUGUUGGACAUUUAACGUGUAUUUUGUAUGACAGCAACGACCAAUGUCGGUUAAAUGGCUCGGCAACGUUUUCCACCUAUCUCAGUCUGUCCAAUAUAUGUAUACUCAUGACGUCAGCAGCACUCUAUGCAUGCGUGUGCUUAAUGUCAAGGCCAUUGCGUCCGUAUGGAACUUCAGAUUCUGCGAAAAAAUUUAUCGUUAACUCAGUAUCGAGUCCGUUGAGUCCAUUAACGCCACCUGGAUUUGAAGAGAGAGCACCCACGCCGACCAGAAAGCCUCCGAAGAGAAGACCGUCCGAUUUAUCAUUUUCUGCUUCGAACACUAAUAUUGAUUUUACCAGGCAUACAGACGACUAUUCGCCAAGGAGUCCCGGAACAACGCUUAGAGAAGGAGGGGUCUUAACUACAUUACUAUAAUAAAUUUUCAUAAAACAAUGUGAAAACACGUGAACUACGAAGGGAAUAUUAUGUGAUCUGAAUACCCUCAUAUCGGUUACUGAUACAUAUAUAUAUAUAUAUAUAUUGUACUACAGAUGCCUCAAUAAGCGUAAACAAAAUCAAAAUUAAACAUGCCAUACUAUUUAAUUUAAAAAUGUAUUACGUACCAAUCUAGUCUAUGGAUUAAACUGUAUAAUAGAGGAUAUAAUUUGGUCCUAACUCCUAAUCUAUUAAACUUAAUAAUAAAACCGUACAUGUUUAAAAAGAAUAUAGGGAUAACGGAACCCGCGCACGGCGCACAUGUACUUAUUCAAUUAAGAGUUGUAUAUUAAUGGUACGAGAAUAAUCAAACUUAUUGUAAUUUUUAAUCGUGUACCUAUAAUAAUAGAAUAAUGAAUUAAUAACGAUAGUAUAUAUUCAUGUUUAUAAUUCAAUAAAUAAAUUAAGAAUUAAAUUGUACUUAAAGUUACACAAUCAUUAUAGCAAAUAACGAUUGAUAUUUGGUUGUAUUCACUGCAGGUAUUUGUGUGGACAAAAUAAUAUGUUUAAUUAAAAUAUUUUUUAUGUUUAAUAAUUUAUCAUGAAUUUUAUUUUAUUUUAAGUUAAUCUCAUAUAAUAAUUGAAAAAUAAAAUAGGUAUUU